AUAAAAAAUAAUGGCUGGUUUCGAUUCAGCUGAUGAGGCCAAUACCGAACUAUUGGAAAAACUAAAACAUUUAGAUGUCCGCGCCCAACCGGAGGAGAAGAGUCGUGGCUGUUUUAAAGGCUGUUGGAAGUCCAGUAAAUGGAAAUCAGCACUAAAUCACAUUGGCCUAUUGGUAUCGCUGUCAAUCUAUUGCGGAGUGGGUGGAUUGGUCUUCCGUCAGCUAGAACGUCCGGCGGAAUUGGAACGCUUGCAGUACUUGAAGGGUGUUGUGAAGACACACCGUGAAAAAUUCAUCACUACCAUAUUAAAUAAUACAGAUGUUUUAAAUUUAGAUGUACUAAUAGCGAAAGAAUUAGCAAAUUAUGAGGUGGCUGUACAGGAAGCCGCUGAGGGUGGUCUUCUCAUUGAGGCCGAUAAAGACUUUCCAGAGCCUUAUGAGCGCUGGAGCAUUUUACAAGCUGUGUUCUUCUCAUCGACUGUGUUAACUACAAUAGGUUAUGGCAACAUAGUACCCGUAACGACGGGCGGACGUGUUUUCUGCAUCUGCUUCGCUCUAAUCGGCAUUCCAUUUACGCUCACCGUCAUCGCCGAUUGGGGUCGCCUCUUUGCGACAGCCGUCUCAGUGUUGGGCAAAUAUAUGCCGAAAGUACCGAACUUUACGAAUUUCAUCGGCAAAACGUGGUUUUAUGCCAUUUUGGCGGUUUGCUUUUUGGGCGUCUAUUUGGCUGCGGGCGCCUGGCUGCUGCUGCUGUGGGAAGAUGACUGGACGUUCUUUGAUGGUUUCUAUUUUUGCUUCAUCACAAUGACAACCAUCGGUUUUGGUGAUCUGGUGCCGAAAAAACCAAAUUACAUGCUACUCUGCACUUUGUACAUUCUCAUCGGUCUGGCGUUGACUUCCACCAUUAUCGAGUUGGUGCGCCGGCAAUAUGCCACCAGUUGGGCGAAGCUGCAAGAACUUUCCGGACCGAUGGCCGAGACUUUACGGCGACUGGGCGAAACUGCUGGCUAUGGAUUGGACUACAUGGCAUUGCAAAAAGUGUUGACGGUUUCAAUGCCCAAAUGGAAUACUGGCGGGAAGAAGGAUCCCAACUCCGAUAUCGCCGCAUUAGAAGCGAUUACCAACGCAUUACUCAAGGAAGUUAAGGAAGCGCAAGAAAAUAAACCAAAAGUUUUGAAAAUUGUCAUUUACGAGACAUCGGUCUAACUUAAAUAUCGAAAUUAUUUUCAUAAGAAUUGAUGUAAAUUUUUAAGACUAGCAUAAAAGUUGUACAGGUAUUCGAGCUAGUCAUUUCUUUCGUUAUUAGUUACAAUACUUUAAGAAGGCUAUUCUAUAUGCAUGACUGUGGGAAAGUGCCGAGUUUAUGCGCACAAAUUCAUAGAAAUAAUUAAAAAAAAAAACAUACUCGCCAAUAUCAUUUAAGUAGUCGUAAUCAGCACGCUGUAAUUUAAAAGCAUACUUUUAGGCUGUCAUAUAAGUUAUAAGUCGUAUAUGUAUUACAUAUAUUAAGCGUGUAAUUUCUCUAAGUUGCAACGUACAUCAAAUGUCAGACAUGUUGGACGCACACAAAACAGUUCAAUUUGAUUGGUUAGUACGAUUAACUACCAAAUGUAGCAUAAGUAAGCCAAACGCUUAAAAAUCGAUUGUAAGCAUAUCUACUUACAUAAAUAAAUAAGUUUAGCGGAGUAGUGUAAGGCUUCCAUAAGAUAUAUAUAAAUAAACUAUAAUUAUAAAUAUAAACUAGAUUUAGUUAUUAGGUAUUUAAGAUUUAGUGUAAACUUUUUUUCAGAUAUAUUUGUUUACAAUUUAAUUUUAUUAAAUUU